AUGAAUCCCCCACCCCAACCGCCACAACCUCACCGACCCUCCACCUCUUGCCACCGCCAUCCACAAGAACACUUCACCGGCUUCUGUCCCUCAUGCCUCUGCGAACGCCUCGCCCUUCUCGACCCCAACAACAACAACAACUCCUCUUCCUCCCGCAAACCCCCCACCGCCGCCGCCGCCCUUAAAGCCAUUUUCCGACCACCCUCUCUCCCGGAGCUCCGCCGCACUAAGUCCUUCUCUGCCUCUAAAAACGAACCCUUCUCCGGUGUCUUUGAACCUCAACGAAAGUCCUGCGACGUCAGAGCCAGGAGCACUCUCUGGAACCUCUUUAACCAAGACAAUAGCAACAACAACACACUAAACACCAAAAACGACGAGCCUCCACGUGUAGUUCAGACCGAGCCCGAAGUUCAUUCCAAAACGCUCGCUUCUUCGUCAACGACCGAGGAGGAACUUAAAGACAAAUACAAAGAGCAAGUCGAAGGUGAAGCCGAAGAGGAGCACGAAGAGAAAGACGAGAUUAGGGUUUUGGAGGAACCCAAUGUGUGCGAUGUGAACGAAAUUGUGGAGGAAAAAGAAGAACAACAAGAAGAAGCUGUUAUUGUUGUUGAAGAAGAAGAAGAGGAAGAAGAGUUGAAGACAAUGAAGGACCACAUAGAUCUAGAUUCAUCGCAAGCAAAGAAAGCGAGGGACUUCAAGGAAAUUGCCGGAAGCUUCUGGUCUGCAGCAUCGGUUUUCAGCAAGAAGUUGCAGAAAUGGAGGCAGAAGCAGAAGACAAAGAAGCGGCGUAACGGUACGCUGCCGGUGGAGAAGCCGAUCGGGCGGCAAUUCCGGGACACGCAGUCGGAGAUCGCUGAUUACGGCUUCGGCCGGCGGUCCUGCGACACCGAUCCCAGGUUUUCCCUGGACGCUGGGAGGUUCUCCCUGGACGCCGGCCGGAUGUCCUUCGACGAUCCGAGGUACUCGUUGGAGGAGCCCCGGGCUUCCUGGGAUGGGUACUUGAUCGGAAGAACGGGCUUUCCGAGGAUGCCGACGAUGUUGUCGGUGGUGGAGGAUGCUCCGGUGCAUCAUGUUGUGAGGACUGAUACACAAAUUCCGGUUGAGGAACCGGUGAAUGAGGAUGAAUAUGUGCCUGGUGGAACUGCACAGACUAGAGAAUACUAUUCUGAUUCCUCAUCUAGGAGGAGGAAGAGUCUUGAUAGGUCCAAUUCGGUUAGGAAGAGUGUUUCUUUGGAGGUUGAUGAGUUGAAGUCGGGGGUGAAAAUGGGGUUCAAUGAUCGAGAUUUGAGUUCGAAUUCGAUGAGGGAAGAUUGCUGUUCCGAGACGUUUGACAUGAGUGUGAUUGGAAAUGGCAACCAGAAAGGGUCAAAGAAGUCACGCCGAUGGAGGUGGAGCAUUUGGGGCUUUAUUCACCGGCGUAGUGGGAACAAGGAUGAGGAUGAGGAUAGGUAUAGUAGGGUGAAUGGGGUGGAGCGGUCCUUCUCGGAGUCGUGGCAGGAGUUGAGAGGUGAUCGCGGUGGAGAUGGUAGAGGUGGUGGCCUCAAUGGCAGGGUGUUGAGGAGCAAUAGCAGUGUGAGUUGGAGAAAUUCUCAAGGCAUUGGUAAUGGUGGGCCUUUCGGGACUUUCAGGAGGAAUGGUAUUCAGGGUAAUGGGAAUGGAAAGAAGGGUAAGGAUGAGUUUGUGUUGGAAAGGAACAGGAGUGCAAGGUACUCUCCUAACAACAUUGACAAUGGUCUCUUGCGGUUCUACUUGACUCCCAUGAGAGGGAGCCGUAGAAAUGGGUCUGUGAAAAGUAGGUCGAACCAGGCACAUUCUAUUGCAAGAAGCGUGCUUGGAUUGUAUUAA